AUGAACGCUACCGCGUCAAACCAAGCGGCUAGGGUCCGUGUAUCGCAGCGUCAGCCGCAGGCCUGCCGAGAAUGCACGAAGCGCAAACGCAAAUGCGACAAACAAAAUCCCUGCUCGAGAUGUAAACGCUUAAAUCUCAAGUGCUCGAUAGAAAUCGUCCAGCUUAGACGCAAUGCUGUGCAACAUGGGUCAGAGAUUCAGUUUUUGCAUUCGCUCUUGGCAGACCUCGAAUCAUCAAUAUCUGACCCAGCGCCCCUUGUUGUUCAAAAGAUAAAAAAUCAAAUAUUUCGGCUGGAGACCGGCCAGGAUCCCGCAGAAUCGGGUGUAUCCAACACCGCCUCGGCACCACAGGAAUCAAGUACACUUGAGGACCGUACACCCGGCAAAGACGUGCUCGUGCCAGUAUCGCAAAGAUGGACUUCAAACAUUAUCAAGGACGAGCCCUCUUCCAGUCUAUGGGCCCAGUCCAGAGCUGAUCUCUUCAUUCCCCGGCCUACGGAUGCCCAGAAGCUGAUCAAGUUUCAUUUACGUCAUGUGGCCUGGCAUCAUAAUUGCAUUCAUGGUCCAACAUUUCUCGAGCAGUGCGAGUUAUUCUGGGAGACUGGGAAAUUCGAUGAUCCCCUCUGGCAAGCGCUCUACUUUUCUGUCUUAAGUUCCACCGUCAGCUCAAUCCAGGAUAGUACAAAAGUAAGAGAGCUUGUUGAUGUCGACCUACAAGCAAUACAAUCUGCACAACAGUUGUUCUCUGCUAUGGUGCAGACCCUCUACAACUCACAUUUUCUCAGCAAUCUAUCCAUAUACUCUGUCCAAGCAAUCGUCAUAUCAACCGAGGUUGCUCACAAUCUUGGCUUGAGUCAGCUGAAUGCGACUUUAUUCAAUGCUGCGGUACGCAUUGCCGAGUGCCUUGGAAUCCACAAGAUUCAGGAUCAAUCAACGAGACUUACUCAAAACAAAGAGGAAUGGAAUGAGAAGGUGGAAUCGGAAGUGGGAAAGAGGAUAUGGUGCCAAAUGAUUAUUCAAGACCAUUUCGCCAUACCUUUUACAGACACCUACAGUAUCUCGCCGAUGCAUUUCUCAACAGCUCUUCCCAUGAACGCAGAUGACUAUGACUUGACGGAUAUGCCUAUCACAUCUCCCACCAUAAGCACUUACAUCCGCGUGCUCGUGAAUUUGGCACAAUUGAUGCCCGGUCUAGUUGACGGACUCGGUCCAAUGAAAUCCAGAAAGCCUAUGCGAGAGCAAUACGAACAUAUUCUGCAUAUAGACCAGAAAAUGAGAGGCAUUGUGAAAGCCAUACCCUCUUUCCUUCUACGCUCGGAUAAAACAAAAGAAGCACAAAUCCCAUGGCUUGCUAUCGCUCGACGCAGUCUCGCUAUCACUGCAGCUGAGAAGAUUAUCAUGAUCCAUCGGCCGUUUCUAUUCCGCUCUUUCAAUGACCAAACAUAUAUCUACUCAAGGCGUACCUGUGUUGCCGCUGCAAUGACAAUCUUGCGUGAGCACGAGGUAAUCGUAAGAGAAGGGGAUAUCUCGAUAUGGACACAUACGGCUUUUGCAAUUACCGCUGCAGUCAUUAUGUGCUUUGAAGUUAAUGCAACUGCAGAGAAUCAAGUCGCUAUUGCACAAAGUCACAAGGACGCAAUAGUCGCCGCUCGCACCCGCCUUGCUGAUCGAACUAACGACGUCCUUGCUCAGCGCGGCGUCGCGUUAAUCGAUGCAAUCUUUACUGCCGACACGGCAUCGGGCUCAGGGCUUGGCAACAUGAUUGAUUUUGGUCAAAUUUUGGCCAAGUUCUCAACUUUUACGAGAAUGAACCUAGGCCCUGACACCCCUGAGACAUCUGUUAACAAAUUCUCGAAUGCCGAUGCCCAAGAUGUGAUCGGUGCGCACUUCAACGAAAUGCAGCCGGCGUGGGAUACUGCAGAAGAUGUCGAUUUUGAUGCAUGGUUCAGUGGGACAUUCCACACUCUGCAUGACCCUCUUCAGUUUUGA